UUAGAAGAAUCUUUUAAAUACAUCUCCUAUUCAUUUGGUCCUAAAAGCCAUGAGAGUAUAGCACAUUAUUGUGCAACCAUGUAUGAUGUAGUAGAGAAGAAAAGAGCUGAGAUGGGGAAGAAAAGAACCAAAAACAGAGCAAAAUCAUACACACUCCCUUCAUCACCAUCACAUGACUCAUUCUCAUCAUCUUCUUCCUCAGAUUUUGAGUUCACAAUCUCCAUUUCACCUCGCAAAUCCUCCAACACACUCUGUCCUGCAGAUGAACUCUUCUACAAAGGCCAACUCUUACCUCUUCAUCUCUCCCCUCGUAUCUCCAUGGUACGUACUCUCCUUCUCUCUUCCUCCUCCACCUCCUCCGCCACUUCCUCCUCCACUGCUCCCCGUGAUUCCACCGGUAGCAGCGCCUCCAAUGAUUCCACCACUUCUUUCAUCAGUGAUCUUGCUCUUUUUCCUGAUUCUUGUAAUUCUUCUUCACGACCAAGUUCUGUAACAGAAGAAGAUGAGUUAAAACGUCUUCACAAUUCCUCCAACAGUACUAGAUCCAAUUCACAGUUGAAGAAAACAAACAAGUAUUUCUCUUUGUCUAGAUUCUCCUCUGUUUUUCGUAAAGAAACCGUUGCUAAAACCCAAGAAGGUGAAACUGUUGCUAAUAGUAUUAACAACAGUUCAGUGAAAAUGAAGAGAAUGAGUGUUACUGCUAAAGAGGUGAUACGAAAAUAUUUCAAGAAAGUGAAACCAUUGUACGAGAAACUUUCACAAAAACAACAAACAGUUGAGGAAGGUGCAAAUAGUAAUACAAAUACAACAACGUUAACGGUUAUGUCUUUGUUAACAAAAACAGAGAGAUCUGAGAAGAAAGAGAAUGUGGCGAGUACUAUGUUAUCUCAUUCAUUUUCGGGGAAUUUAAGGUAUUCAAGAAAGAGAAGCUGUGUUUCAAGUUGUCCUUCUUCGAUGAGAUCUUCACCAAGUCAUUCUGGUGUUCUUUCACAAAAGGGUGUUCUUCUUCGUGGUGAUCGAGAUGCUUCUUCCAUGGAAGAGUUGCAGAGUGCUAUUCAAGGUGCUAUUACUCAUUGCAAAAACUCUUUGAUUACGAAUAAACAUGGGGUUAGUAGUAAUCAUGAAAUUAAUCUCAUCUAACUGUUGUAAUUUGUUCAAUUGGUGUUUCAUUUACUCUUUAGUAUAAUGUAGCAUCCCGUCUAUGAAGCACCGACACCCACAUAUCAAUGCCGAUAAUAAUAAUUUGAGAAAACAAAGUUACGUUAUUGAAUGUAAUCGCAUAUAUCUGACAUGUCUUCGAUGAAAGGUGUCGAUGCUACAAAGACCAUGCGUUAGUUUCUUAAUCUAUGUUUUUUGUUUUCGUUAAUUAACCAACAAUCAUGUUAAUGUUAAAAAAAAGGAGAAUAUUUUUCUUUUGCUUUUAAAUUUUUUGUAUUGUAGAAUCUGACGUGGAAUUGUUAGAACGUUGCAUUUGCAUGUGACUGAGUAGUUAGAUUUGUAACGUGCUUUUGGAUUUUUGCUCGGGAAAGUGGAAAAACUUUUUCUGACUGUUUUUUUAUUGCAUUGGAAAAUUUGAAAUCUUGUUGUGUCUGUGUAAUAAUAUUUUAGAAUUUAGUUUGUAAUAUUAAGAGUGACGUUGAUGUGGUA